UACGCACACUCUCGUGGCGCUGCAGAAAUGGCGGCCGUUAGCGGCAGCGGUUCGUCGCAGCUACCCUGUGCUUUUUCACCCAAAUCCCGACAGUACUUAGCCGUGUGCGCACAGGACGGCAGGCUUCGCAUUUGGAACACAGACAGUAAAACCCUCCAGCGGGAAUAUGUGCCUUCGGCUCACUUGAGCACCACUUGUACAUGUUUAGCGUGGGGACCAUGCCGGACAGUCAAGGAGGGGCCUCAGAGGAAGAGGAGGAAAUCAGAGGCAGGACAGGUGGAGGAGAGGGCAGACCUGUUGGCAAUGGGCACAGCAACGGGCAGUAUGUUCAUCUACAGUACCGCCAAAGGAGCGCUGCACUGUACGUUGGAUUGUGGACACAGCGGAGGAGUGAACUGUGUUCAUUGGCACCCUGAAGACAAUCUGUUGUACAGCGGCUCAGAUGAUACACACAUUAUAGAGUGGGACCUGCAGACAGGAAAGAUACGCUGUAAAUGGAAAGCAGACCGUGCAGCAGUAACCAGUUUAUGUGUGAGUCCCGAUGGCAAGCUGCUGCUUUCAGCAGGUCACACGAUCAAUAUGUGGGACUUGGACACCAAGGAGGUUUACAGGAAGUUCACAGGUCAUUCCACGGCUGUGACGACUCUGUGCUUUGCCACUACACGACCUCCUGACAGCAGUGGACUGUAUUUCUUGUCUGCGGCUGCACAUUGUCGACUGCUCAGCGUUUGGCAAGUACGAAAAGAUAAAAAAGACAAGAACUCCGUGUUGUCCUUCACAUUGACAGAUGAACCACAGCACAUUGACCUGAUUGCAUCCAAGAGCAAGGAUGAGGCAGUGAAGCUGGCAGUGGUGUGUAAGGAUGGACAGCUGCAUUUCUUUGAGCACUUUUUAAAUGGGCCUUGUAAGAAGCCGUUUUUUCCCUCGUGCUCGGUGCAGAUUUCUGACACAAGUGAUUCUCCGGUGCCGAUCCCUUUGCUGGCAGCAGCCCUCAGAGCCAACACUCAGGCUGUGCUGUUAGCUUAUGGCAACCACCUGCAGCCUGUAAUAGAGAGUGUGGAGAUCAACACAGCAGAGAGACACGUGUGUUUGACGCGAGAUGUUCAAACCAACUUAUCCUUAUCCACGGAAAUGACCAUUUCUAAGGUGAAAACCCCGAUUGUCAGUGCCAAGAGCAGUGUGUUAGUUCCAGGCCUUCCUGGUCAUCAAGCCCCAGUUACAGGAUCUUCACAAGGCUCAGAAAAGAGGAAAAAACAUGUAGACACCAAAGAGAUGUCAAUCGAGGAGCGACUGGGUGGCAUUGACCUGUCUCGAGUCUCCACCAAGAAAGGAGCUUCUAAAGAGACGCUGUCUUUACAGACAGAUAAUUUUGCAGUGCUGCUGGUGCAGGGCUUGGAGAGUAACGAUGCCAGCGUAAUAAAUAAAGUUCUGCAGAUGAACAAGGACAGUGUGAUAAAGAAAACAGUGGCUCGUUUGCCUCUGCCUGCUGUUUUACCUUUGCUUCAAGAGCUUACAAGAAAGCUGCAGGGACACCCUGUGAUGGCAGUGAUCGCAAUUAAGUGGCUCAAGGCUGUUCUUGUGCACCACACAUCAUACUUGGCUUCGCUCCCAGAUCUGGCCACCCAGCUAGGAGUGCUGUAUCACUUGAUUGAAAGCAGAGUGAAGAUGUUCCACAAACUAACAAAGCUUCAUGGGAAACUGUAUCUCCUAAUGACACAGGUGGCAACAAAUGACAGCAGUAACACAGUUGGAGAUGUUGACCACACUGCCAGGGUUGUGUAUGUGGAGGAGUCGUCUGAUGAAGAUGAGGCUUCUGCUGAUGAGGGACUCCACGAGGACUCUGAUCAUUGGGAGGAGGAGGAGGAGGAGGACCAAGAUGACGAAGAGGACGAUACAGACGGCAGAACAGAAUCCAAAGCUAAUGGUGAAGAAGACAUGGAACACGAAAAUGAGAGUGAAGAGGAAUGAGGAAAGAACGCUGUUUAUACACCCAGUGGAACUGAAAGUUAUAUAUAUGUAUACUUUUAUUUUUCAUGCUUUUGAUUUUAUCAAGACAGAGGUUUUACAAAAUCGACAUUUCUUUGAGACCUGGGCAGCACGGGGCCCCCUGCUGGGCAGCGUCGCUGCACAGCCACAAGAGCAGUGAUGUCACAGCACCGGUUUCCCCCACCCACCGCGUGAAGAGUGGAUGCCUCAGUUUUAUAUUUUGGGGGGGGCAGCGGCGAAAACACUGUGCUGAAUGGAGUCCUCCUCACUUUGUAAGUUGAUUCUGUCAGUUGAUGUGCAGCUGCACCCAGUGAAUAGCUGCUGAAAAUGACUGAAAAAUAUCUCCAUCUGGCAACCGUUCGGGCCACCCCGUGUUCACGGGCCGCAUUCCAAAUUUUGUAACAUCAUAUUGCUCUUACAGUAUGUUGUGUCUUAACGGUAGACGAGGAGAUGCUUUUUUACUCGGGCUGUGUGGGCCUCGUGGAGCACGGGACCCCGUGUGGUGUAACUCUGAAUGUACAGUGACGUGUUUGUACGAGCUCUUUCCUCUCCAGCUCCUGCCACACCAUCUGUGGAAUUAAAUGAACUGCAGAGUCUCCUGAA